AUGUCCGACGAUGACAACAAACGCAAGGCUGCCGAGCUGGCAGCGCAGAAAGCCGCCGAGGCUGCGAAGUCAACGACGUUCGACCACGAUUCGGAUCACGAUGAUCCGGAUGCAGAAGUUAUUUAUCGAAAGCUUGAUCCAUCAUCCCCUUAUUUUCUUGGUUCCAAUGAUCAUUCUGGAAACAUGAUUUGUACGGUGAAAUUGAAUGGUGAAAAUUAUGAACGAUGGGCACGUUCCAUGCGCUUGUCUCUGAGGGGAAAACGUAAAUGGGGAUUUGUUGAUGGUAGUAUUCGAAAACCGGUGAAUCCAAUUUAUUUGGUUGACUGGGAUGCAGUCCAAUCAACUCUAGUUCAAUGGAUUAUGAAUUCCAUUGAGGAGAAUCAGAAAAAUUCGAUUCCUUAUUUCGAGGAAGCCAAGCCUUUGUGGGAUUUGUUGCAGAGGAGAUUUACUGUGAGCAAUGGGCAGCGUCAACAAGAGUUGAAAUAUGAGUUGGCUCAAUGUAAGCAGACAGCUACUAUGUCGGUUGCCUCCUACUUUGGUAAACUGGAGAAACUCUGGGAUGAAAUUGACAACUAUAAUCCUGUUCCUGCAUGUAUUUGUGGUAUGAGUGAAGAAUUUCAGAAGAAGAAAGACGAGGCCAAAUUCCAUGAUUUUCUGUUUGGCAUUAAUCAGGAGAGAUAUGGGAACUUGCGUUCUCAAUUAUUGGCGCAAGACCCGUUACCAACCUUGGAUUGGGCAUUUAAAGCGAUGAACCAAGAAGAACAAUUGCAAAAGAGGAAUGCUGUGGUGAAAUCUGAUGCAGUAGAUGUGAUGACUUUUGCAGUUCAAGGUACCAACAAAGAGUUGGGCAUGAGGAAGCCACAUGUUAUGGGAAACAUGGUUUUCCGGAGUGGUGGGGAAAUCGACCCCAGGAUACUUAUGUAUCGGGUCUGUAUCUUAUCGGGUCUGUAUCUAGUUUAG